GUGGGCCACAGACAGACAACAGAGAAGUACAGGAUUUAGACACAUCAGAUCAACUACUGCUCAGUCAGUAAGAAAGGUAAUCAUACAGUAGAUAUUACCAUUAGGAGUGAGUUAGAAAGGUAAUCAUACAGUAGAUAUUACCAUUAGGAGUCAGUUAGAAAGGUAAUCAUACAGUAAAUACUACCAUUAGUAGUCAGUCAGAAAGGUAAUCAUACAGUAAUUCAAUACUAUAAGUAAAAGUAUGUUAAAUCAUAGAUAUUACAAUAAGAGGUCAGACAGACUGAAUUAGUUGAUUUAUUGAUUGACGGGGGUAAUCAUUGAUAUUCGGUAGAGUUAGUAAAGAUGGCCGACUACAUCAACAAACAUGUGAUUGAAUUAAACGAAGUUACUGUAGAAAACCGGAACAGAGCAACGAGGAGUGUAAAGACUGAAACCCAUCUUUCAGAUGGAAGACUAAGACUCUACAGGCUGGCUGCUGUGUGUUUUGGAGUGCUGUGUGUUCUACAAGUCACUCUCAACAUCUCACUGAGACUGGCUUUCUUCCACUCCAACAGAGAGAGAGAGCAGUUAAACAGCUGUUACAACACCACUGGCCUGGCGCAGGAUGGAGACCAGCCAGAUACCAGUAGUAUCAUGGAUCUAUGUACAGAGAGAGACCAGUGCCGGAUGAACAGAAACCAGCUAGAGAGGGAGAGAGACAAAGAGAAAAUGGACAAAAAACUGUUACAGGAGCGUUACACUACCCUGACUACAGAACGGGACAGGUUGAGAGACAGGGUCAGUCUUCUGACCAUUGAGAAGGUGGUGCUGGAGGAGCGACUCUCUAGGUGUGGUACUGGAAGAGUGGUGGAAGGGAGUGGCAUGCCAGUCCCAAUGAUGAAGACUGUGUUAAAGUGCCCUAAAGGAUGGAGGAUGUUGGGAUCCAGCUGUUACUUCCUGUCUACUGAGAGGAAAACCUGGGAGGAGAGCAGACUGGAUUGUCUGGCGAUUGGAGCAGACCUGGUGAUCAUAAACAGCAGACAGGAACAGAAGUUGUUGUACCAGCUGGAUGGUGAUGCAGAUCUCCUGGUCUGGAUUGGUCUGACUGACUCCGUUAAUGAGGGGACCUGGAAAUGGGUGGACGGCACACCACUGACCACAUCGUACUGGAAGAGUGGACAGCCGGACCAUGGUGGUACCAACAACGAGGAGGAUUGUGUCGAGGUCUACCAUCGGGACGGCGUUUUGGCCAACUGGAAUGAUGCACCAUGCAACCACAUGCUGCGCUGGAUCUGUGAGAAAUUACAGAAAUAGCUACAUAUAGGUCAAAUCCACAUCUUGUUUAAAUGUGUUUAUUAUAUUAUCAUCUACAACUGUUUGUUGUACAUUAACAUUUUCCCUAAGAUUGUUUAAUUAACUGUGAGUACAUGCAUUUACAUGCUACAUGGUAUUAUCUUUCUGUCUUUCAGCUGUAAUUCAUUUUUGCCAAUAGAUUAUUGGCAGCCUUUUGGAUCAGUCACAAUACUGUAUUGGUUUCAGCCUUCUCCUCUUCCCUCUAAACAGUUUAUUCAUUCAGUAUUACUUCUAUGAAAUGGUAUUGUACCAUCUAAUCCACUGUGAUAUAUACUUUAAUCUGUUUCAAUCUGGUGUACAAAACCGAAAGUAAAAGACCAUAAGACA